GCAAACUCAUUUUAUUCAUUUAUAGUAUUCCAUAUUAUUGAUAUUAACGGAUACGUACACUAUACAUAUAAUACACAUAAUACAUGGCCAAUGUGGAUCGCUCCUCUGAAGAAGUUUCAGCUAAUACUUCUACAGAGAAAUCCAAUUCUAGUCAAUCUUCCAAGGUUGAAUUCUCUGAAGAUGAGGAAGAUCUUAUCAUCAGAAUGCAUAAACUAGUGGGGGAUAGGUGGCCUUUAAUUGCUGGGAGACUUCCUGGAAGAACAGCUGAAGAAAUAAAGAAUUACUGGACUUCAAGAUACUCAUCAAGUAGCCAAUGAAGUAUCAGAGUGUGUUUCACUCAUGAAGCAAGAGAAGUUUGAUUGAACAUUUGGAAGUUAGAGACAAUACAACUUUGUGGUGUUAGCCAAGACAUAUUAAAUAAAGAAAGAAAAAAAAUUGUGUUUUAUAAAAUAUGUUUAGAUUGAUAAACAAUCAUAAAAGAAUGUAUUUUUUGUAAGCACAUAGAUAAAAUGAUCAAAUAAAACCACAAAAA